AUGCCUGGCACGACAAACAUACCCAGGAACGGCCAAAUCCACGUGCUCGUGAAGCGGGCUUAUGAAAAUUUGCGGGUACCGCCAAGCACUGAGCUCAAAUUGAACCUGGCCAGGACGUAUCACUGUGAUGUGAGGGGUGAAAAGCUGCGCUGCAUGUUGCUCGACAUGGAGUUUCCGUCGGAGUUGGUCGUCGCAUUCCACUUGUUUCCAGUCAACCGAAACGAGGCACACCUCGUCCAGAAGAUGAUGGGCUUCGACGACGUCAACGACGUGAGGAACGGGUUGCUGCUGUUCAAGCCACUGGCGCAGGCGUUCCGCGGCGGAGCCAGCUUCAUCUACGACGAGGCGAGUGACACGUUCCGCUUCAAAAUGUUUAGCAAGCCGAUGCUGGAGGAGCGGUAG